AUGCGCCUUGUGGCAUGGAUGCGACGAUUUCGAUUCAACUCUCAGAUUGCGCAUAGAGAUAUUAAAAGAAGUGGUGCCCUGACUCUCACAGAACUCGAUGAAUCGCUAAAGACGCUUGUACGAAUCGCUCAGAAAGAGAGCUUUCCGAAAGAGUACUGUGAUUUGAAGAACAAUCGUCCGAUUUCACCGUCAUCAAAACUGAUGACAUUGACGCCGGAGAUGGUAGAUGGGUUAAUCCGGAUUGGCGGCCGGCUCCGACAUGCAUCGAUUUCCGAUAACCGAAAGCACCCGUACAUCUUGGAUCAUCGACAUCCGUUUACCGAAACAGUGAUGACAUACUAUCACCGAAAGUUGUUUCACGCAGGUCAACAGCUUCUCAUUGCUGCAGUUAGAGAUCAAUUCUGGCCAACGCACAUCGGAACCCUUGCUCGCUCUGUGAUCUUCAAAUGUGUCCCUUGCUUUCGCGUGAAACCCAAGAUCCAGGAACAGAUCAUGGCAGAUCUACCAGUUGAACGAGUGACUCAGUGCCCAGUUUUUGAGAGAGUUGGUGUGGAUUACUGUGGGCCAUUUUUUGUAACGUAUCCUCAGCGAAAAUGUCGGCCUGUCAAGGUUUUCAUCGCUAUCUACGUUUGCCUUGUGACAAAGGCUGUGCACAUGGAAGUGGCUUCAGAUUUGUCCACGCAAGGUUUCCUUGCCACUUUUCAACGGUUUUGUAGUCGUCGAGGUGCUCCUCGGUUGGUGAUGUGCGACAAUGCGAAGAAUUUUGUUGGAGCAAAACGUGUUCUGGACGAAGUUCACGGGUUGUUCAUCAGCAAGCAGUUCCAAAACACGGUGGUUGAUUACGCAGCAAACCAAGGCAUCGAGUUUCAUUUCAUCCCUGCACGCUCGCCAAAUUUUGGAGGACUUUGGGAAUCUGCAGUGAAAUCGUUUAAAACUUUGCUCAAACGGACAGUUGGACAGCGCUCGCUUGGACACGAGGAGUUCCAGACAAUCGUGGUGAAGAUUGAGGCAGCAUUGAACUCCAGACCUAUCACCGAACUCAGCAAUGAUCCUGAUGACUUCGAACCGCUCACACCAGGACAUUUCCUGGUGCAAAAGAAAAUGACUGCUCUCCCUGAACGCGAUUUGAAGGACGUACCGGAGUCGAGACUGAAGGUCUGGCAGAGAAUGGAGCAGAUUUCCCAGAAUCUGUGGGCGAAGUGGUCGACUCAGUACCUGUCUAACCUCAACAACCGAACGAAGUGGACUAAGAAGAAGGACAACAUCAAAAUCGGCACCUUGGUCAUACUGAAGGAGGAAAAUUUCCCGCCUCUGCAGUGGCCCAUGGCACGAGUAGUAGACCUGCACCCUGGUACAGAUGGAAACAUACGCGUUGUUCGCACACAGAACGGCACAUACAAGAGAGGCAUUUCGAAAAUUUGCGUGUUACCCAUCCGUGACAACCUACAAUCGUCAGAAGAGGAGAACCUGGACUCCUCCACCGGCGGAGAUCAAUAG